AGCACCACGAUACGACAAGCUGUCGCUGCUAAUCGAGUGCUCGUUUGCUGUUGUUGCUGUGUCGAUGGCCUCACCAUUGGCACAUUCUCAGGCCCAGAGGCCUGCACCAGAAAGAGCGAUGAGCACAAGACGCAUAGAUCUACAGCGUGUGCUGUCCGCGUAUCUGAACCCUCCACCUGCGCUUACCAUUUUCGUGCUGCGUGGCCGCAGUGACUGAAUGAAGUUUACCUUUGCGGAGCGGUGACUGAAAAAGUCCAGCACGAGUUUCUCCUCUUCGCUAGUUCACAGGACACUGCAUAGAAAUAAUUAUUAUGCUGUAGUGGUGGCGUACAGUGUGUGUGCUCGAAGACUGGAUUGAGGCCAGGUGGAAGCGGACAUCGAUAACACUAACUGACGGUAAUUGUGUACCAGCAGUUACUGCCCGUUCUCACUAACGAUGGCCAUCCGCUGGACAAGAGCCUGCUGCCUGCUGGUCGUAACGGCGACGUUGAUUGAAGUUUCUCACGGAGGACUCCCGCCUCCGACAGUGGCAGCAAGGACGGAAUGCUUUGACGAGUUUAGCGGUUGGUCAUUUCCAUGUUUUCCUGCCCGCGUCAAUGCCACGAAGAAUGCAAUUGCGUCGGCGAGUAACACGUGUGGAGUUACUAAUCCGGAGCUCUUGUGUCGACUGACUAACAAUCAGGCACCGGAAGAGAAACUAGAGGCCGAGCAGUGCUCAAGCAUCGACUAUUACAACCAGCAUCUGAAGAGUUCGGGCAGGCUCGCGGAAUAUCGACACUUUUUCCAUCCUCCCAGUGAUACGUUGGACGAACCUUCGGGACGGAGGACCUGGUGGCAGAGUCAGUCCAUGGCUGUACUCGACAAUAUGAAGCAUGAUGUCAAUCUGACAAUAUCACUAGGUAGAGCUUUCGAGCUGACAAAUGUGCGCAUCUACUUCCGUUCGAUCCGGCCCGAGUCCUGGGUGCUGUACAAAAGCUCGGACCACGGACAAACGUGGACGCCGUACGAGUACUUCUCCAGGUCGUGUACCGACACGUACGGCCUUCGAAACUCCCUGCCCGCAAUACGAAGUGGUACGGUCAUGGUUGGAGACAGGGAGGCCCUAUGCUCGUCACAAUACAGCGAUCGAGUGCCAGUGGACGGCGCGGCAGCUGAGUUCAACCCGUUGCUGUUCCGCUCGAGUCCGGAUGAGUACCGCGACAGUGCUGCACUGCGGGACUGGGUGACAGUGACUGACCUGCGACUACACUUCAAUCGCAUGGGAACGUUUGGCGACGAGGUGGAGGGACGAGAGGCAACGCAGCGCUGCUAUUACUACUCCGUGGAGGACGUCAGUGUAGACGCACGAUGCCAGUGCCACGGCCACUCCGACCGGUGUGAGUAUGACGCGGGGCGUGCACGCCUGCAGUGCGCUUGCCAGCAUAACACGAUGGGUGCGGACUGCGAACAGUGCCUGCCGUUCUACGUUGACCGGCCAUGGCGAGCUGCAAGCACCACGGAUGCUGGUGAUUGCAAAGAAUGUGAAUGCAACGGGCACACUGAGCGCUGUGAAUUCAACAUGACGGAGUAUGAACGCUCCGGAAACACAUCAGGUGGCGUGUGCCAGGACUGUCGGGAUGACACGCGAGGCGUUCACUGUGAGCGCUGCCAAGCCGACUUCUAUCGCACGCUGAGCAGUGCACCUGAGCUACCAGGAAAUCCCUGUCUGGAGUGUUCGUGUGUGGCCGAGGGUACUGUUAGCAACGGCUGUGCAGAGGUUGGUGGUGCGUGCACCUGUAAGAACCACACGCACGGCGACAACUGCCAGCUGUGUGAGAGCUAUGCGUACGGCUUCGGUAGCGAUCCAGAUACCGGAUGCAUGGACUGUGAGUGUGAAGCGGCCGGCACAGUAGAGGGCUCACUGGUGUGUCACAAUAUCAGCGGAGAGUGCCGGUGCAAGGAGAAUGCGAUGGGUCUCUCCUGCAACACGUGCCACGACGGCUUCUGGAACCUGGAUGCGGACAACGAUGCUGGCUGUCAGGCGUGCGAGUGCUCCGAACUCGGAUCGCUGUCACCGACUUGCGACAAGCAAACCGGACAGUGCCGCUGCAAGGCAUUGCUGACUGGACGGAAAUGUGACCAGGUAGCCACGGCUGCAUUCAUACCAAAUCUGGACCAUAUUACUAUUGAAGGCGAGAUCGGUAAGUUCAGCAACGACACGGAUGCCGGGGUCACCCCUACCUAUGACGGAAUCAACGUCACCGGGUCGGGAAGUCUGGAGGUAGCAGGUCCGGGAUCAGUCGUGUGGAGUCCCAUCACCGUUCCAGUAAGCGGACCCUACAUCAUUGUGGUGCGCUAUCUACUCGACGACCAGGUGUUCUGGAGGCAGGCGUCGCUGGUGUUUGAGCGUUCUCACGGAGAAGGGCCACCGCCGAGUCCCAAACUGUGUGUAGAGGCCGGUAGCUCGGCGACACUGGACUUUCACAACCCUGUGCCCGGUGUUCCACAGACACAUCAGUUUGAGGAAGAAGCCUGCCUUCGCUCUGGGAUCACGUACCGACUAUCGUUGAAUGCCAUCAGUGCUGGAAGUGGGGAUGCAAGCGGCAACAGCAGCAUCAAGAUCGACUCCGUGCUACUGAUACCGUCCUGGAAAUUCUUGGAGCACAUGCCUGACGGCGUAUCGAACAUGACCCAUGGCGAUUGUGUUGAGUUGCGCUCGUCGGAGAGCAACAGCGGCGUUGACUUGGAGGAAUGCCGUGCAAUGGAGACAGCACUAGCUCAGCAGAUGCAGACUGUGCAAGAUUGUGAUUGCAAUGCAGUCGGUAGUGUGAACAGCACAUCCACGACGAAUGGCUCCAGUGUCAUAGCUUGUCAGGUGUACGGUGGCCAGUGUCCCUGCAAGGCCGGUGUGGCUGGCAGACAGUGUGAUGUGUGUAUGCCCGGCUAUCACAGCUUUGGACCUAGUGGAUGUACUGAAUGUGACUGUGACCCUCUCCUAACCGUUCACCCGAACGGUUGUGAUGUGCACACUGGAGUGUGCGUGUGCCGUAAUGGCGUGGACACGGCCAGUGACACCAACUGCAGUAGCUGUAUUGAUGGCUUCAGACGUGACCGGGAGAACGGUGGCUGUGUAUCGUGUGAGUGUGAUGACCUGGGUGCUACAAACUCAUCGUGUAACGAGGACAACGGCCAGUGCUACUGUAUCGACGAUGUGGUGGCUCUGGAUUGCUCAGAAUGCGCUCAGAACAACCAUUACCUCUCCAGCGAGGGCUGCAAGGAUUGUAAGUGCGAUGUGGCGGGUAGUGAGACGCUACAGUGUAAUGAGACCGGUGUCUGCCCGUGCAAGGCCAGUGUGGACACAUUGAAAUGUGAUGAAUGCACGGAAGGUACGUUUGGACUUCACGCAGACCUGGUCGAGGGCUGUAAGCCAUGCUAUUGUCAUGGACACAGCACGCAGUGUUCAGCUACUUCCGGAUAUGUCAAGAGAGAGCAAAGCUUCUUCGUCUACAGGCACCCUGUGGUCAGCGGCAUUGGUAGCGGGUUUGGUAAUGGAAUUGGCAAUGCCUUUGGCAGUGGCAUUGACAAUGGCAUUGGCAGUGGCAGUGAAUUGGAACUUGGCAGGGAACUAGAUCCUGGCACCAGUCCCAUUGAGAUAGUGUCGGCGGAUGGCCAUGCGGACACCAACAGCUCCUACUCCGUUGGCGAUGGGUACAUUGAGAUCUUUCAGGGCGACAUCACCAGCGAUGUGUUCAUUAAGCUGCCACCGUCAUUGCUCAGUGGUGAUCUACUCUCUAUGUACGGCCUGGCAUUGGAGUUCAGUCUUGCCAUUGAAGCACAUGGUAACCCCAUUGCUGUGCCGGCUACCGGGGAUGAUGUCAUUAUCCGUACCAACGAUGAUGUAAUGCUCACAUUCAGACUUGAUCCCGCUCCUCAGCGUCAGUCUCAAACGUACAAAGUACCGAUAAUUGCUCGACAUUGGUCGCCAGCCAUGUCCGCAACAGAGUUCCAGACUCACCUUCGCAAUGUCGAGAGCAUAGCCAUUCGCACGGCGUACGCAAGCUUUGGUAUCGGCCGGGCCAUAGCUACACUACGCGGCGUAGUGGCAACAACAGCAGUCUACCGAGCUGGUCUUAAAGACAUAGGUGUGCCGUGGAUGGAGACGUGUGUUUGCCCACCGGAGUAUACAGGGUCGCAGUGUGAGAACUGUGCGGAGGGCUACCGUCGCGAGACGUUCGCCGGUGGUCCAACGGUACUGUGUGUGAACUGCUCGUGCAAUGGUUACAGCAGCAGCUGCAACGCCACCACGGGAGAGUGCAUGGACUGCGAGCACAACACCACCGGCUACUCCUGCGACCAGUGCGUGCCCGGUUUCUACGGCAACGCCACAACGGAAGACUGCCAGCUGUGCACGUGCAAUGCCACCGGGACAAUGGUUGCCACGGGAAACAUGGCUGACGCCGACCCCGCUGCUGCUGCUGAUGGUGAUCUUCUGCCUCGCUCAAUACACUUGGCAAACUGUGCCGUACGUAGUUUCUUUGGUGUGAUGAUCUUCAUCCACAUCUUGAAGAAUGCAGGAGUUGUCUUGAACGGCCCUGCGUUUCUCUUCCAUGUUUAG